AUGACUAUUUUUCAGCCCAACCUGACCUUCCAGGAUGGCGGCCACCAGGACGUAGGAGUGCAGUCCGAGAGCUGGAUGUACCACGCCGACGCGUGCGGUCGACCGCCUGGCGAAGUGCAGCAGAGCAUCAUCUGCGCGACGUGCUUCAUUACUGAAUCGACGUACCUCACCGGUUCGGCCGGCGGUGACUGGGACCUAUUCUCAACCUGCUGCCCCUUCAGCGGCGGACCGACAACACUUAACAAGACCAUCUACUACUCGGCAAGUAACUGCACUUCUAACUACUGCAUCACUAGCGACGAGGAGCUCGCCAACGACUGGGACAAAUGUGUCAAGGAUGUGGCGAACAAAAAGAUCAAUAUAUUUGCCAACCAAAGCGUUGAAGAUGUUUAUUGCGGCCGCUGCGAAUUCCUAGACCAUGAAUUUCUUAAAAGCGGGUUACAAAUCAGUGGAGCAUCUACUAAGGGAAUGAAGACAUUUGUACUAGUUGGUCUAUCUGAGGAGUGGUCUCGAACUAAGCCCAAGACAGUCACGGGUAGUCUUCUUCCAUAA